AUGUCGCUUUCCAACCUGCUGAACGAGCAUCCGAGCGAAUCAGACGGCCCGCCGCGUGUGGCGCCCGUCUCGUGGUCGUCCGAGGCGCCUACGUCGCCGGCCGGCGCCGACGAGCAGGGCGCGCACCGCAGCAUGCCGUUCGCGCGUGUGCCGAGCUGCAGCAGCUCUGUGCCCCGCACGCCGCGCAUGGCAUCACAUACCCUCCGCCGCACCGAUGAGGAUGCAGGCUGGGACAGCGACUUAUCGGCAGAGGACCAUGCGCCGCUAUGGGCGGCCGAGCUCGCGGCGUACCGAGACGAGCGUGCCGCCCGCGAGGUCGCGUUAGAGGCCGCAUUUUCGGCGGUUGUGCAUGAAAAGCAACAGACCGUCACCACGCGCUUGUGCCAGCUCUAUGAAAAGCGCUUCCUUGCGGCGCAGAAGCGCGCCGCGCGCCGUGCACCGGCUCAUCGCCGCGCGUCUGCGCUGGCAUCCGACGGCGAUAUCGAUAUGGAGCUGCUCGACACGCUCGACGAUCGCAAGAGCUCGCGGCGUGCUUCGAGCUCGGACUACCUGGAUGAACUCGCAGCCGAUGUCGACGUCGAGGGUGAUGGCGAACCCAUGGAGCCGAUUCCCGAGCUGAUCGAUCCUGCCACGGGGGAAGUGCGUGGCCCGAUUCCCAUUGGCGCGCGCCGCGCCGCGCUGCUGAGCGAGGCCCACGAGCGGGUGUGGGCGGUGAUUGCGAAGCGCGACGUGCCCAAGGUGUACCGCACUGUCGUGGCGAGCGCCACGAACAAAGCCAUGUACUGGCGGCGUCUGUCCUCCGUGGUGCAGCGCGAGGCGCGGCGCGGAGCUGCGCGCAACAACAAGUCGACCAAGGACAUUCAGCUGCGUGCGCGCAAAGUCAUGCGCGAGCUGCUGCUCUACUGGAAGCGCAACGAGCGUGAGGAGCGCGACCUCCGCAAGAAGGCCGAGAAGGAGGCGCUAGAGAAGGCGAAGAAGGAGGAGGAGAUGCGCGAAGCCAAGCGCCAGGCGCGCAAGCUCAACUUCCUCAUCACGCAGACGGAGCUGUACAGCCACUUCGUGGGCAACAAGCUCAAGACGGCCGAGGCAGAAGAGUCGGAGGACACGGCGAGCGACCGCGCCGUCGCGCCGGGGCCCUCUGCCGAGGCGCCGGCGCCGGCGCCGAGCGACGCGGCGUCCCACGAUGCCGCGCUGGCCGCGCUCGACUUUGACGACGAAGACGAAUCCAACUUGCGUGCACAUGCGGCGCGCAAUGCAACGGAAGCCGUGCGGGCCGCCCGCGACAAGGCGCAGGCGUUUGAUGCGGCCGUCGCGUCCGAGCGGCGGCAGCUGGCGGACGGCGCCUCGCAGCCCUUCUCCGCGGACGACUUGGACUUUGUCAACCCGACGUCGAUGGGCAUGACGGAGGUGACGCAGCCCAAGAUGCUGACGUGCACGCUCAAGCCGUACCAGCUCAAGGGUCUGACGUGGCUGGCGAACCUGUACGAGCAGGGCAUCAAUGGCAUUCUGGCAGACGAGAUGGGUCUCGGCAAAACGGUGCAGAGUAUCUCGCUCAUGGCUUACCUGGCGGAAGUGCACGACAUCUGGGGCCCGUUCCUCGUGAUUGCGCCGGCAUCGACGCUGCACAACUGGCAGCAGGAGAUCACCAAGUUUGUGCCCGCGCUCAAGGCGCUGCCAUACUGGGGCAACGUGAAAGACCGUGCGGUGCUGCGCAAGUUUUGGAACCGGAAGCAGAUCUCGUACGACCGCGAUGCGCCGUUCCACGUGCUGGUCACGUCGUACCAGCUUGUGGUGAGUGACGAAAAGUACUUCCAGCGCGUCAAGUGGCAGUACAUGGUGCUCGACGAGGCACAGGCGAUCAAGUCCAGCUCGUCGAACCGGUGGAAAACGCUGCUGGGCUUCCACUGCCGCAACCGCCUGCUGCUCACCGGUACGCCUGUGCAAAACUCGAUGCAGGAGCUGUGGGCGCUCCUGCACUUUAUCAUGCCGAGCUUGUUCGACUCGCACGACGAGUUUAGCGAGUGGUUCUCGAAAGACAUUGAGAACCAUGCGGAAAACAAGGGGACGCUCAACGAGCACCAGCUGCGCCGCCUGCACAUGAUUCUGAAGCCGUUCAUGCUCCGCCGCGUGAAGAAGAAUGUGCAGAACGAGCUGGGCGAAAAGAUCGAGAUUGACGUGUACUGUGACCUCUCUGCGCGCCAGAAGCUCCUGUACCAGAACCUGCGCUCGCACGUGUCUGUCGCCGAUCUCGUCGACAAGGCGGCAGCGAACGACGAGAGCGGCCUCAAGAGCCUGAUGAACCUUGUCAUGCAGUUCCGCAAGGUGUGCAACCACCCCGAGCUGUUCGAGCGCGCAGACGUGCAGGCCCCGCUGGCCCUGUGCCACUACGCGUCCGCGCCUGCGCUCGCGCGCGACACGGAGCCGAGCACCUGCGCGUACACGGCGCGCUCCCUGCUGGACCGCUCGCUGCCCCGCCUGCUCGUGCAGGACGCCGUGCGCGGCGUGCCGACCGAGACAAACCGCGUCGGCUUUGACACGCACUAUCUCGACCAUCUGCUGAGCAUUUGGCGCCGGCCCUAUAUCCACGAGGCGCAGCAAACCUCGCACGCCUUUGACUUUUUGCGCUUUGCGCAUACCUCGCCCAGCGAUGCCGAGGCGGCGUUCCAUGGCUCUACGACUACGACACUCGUGCGCAACGCGGCCGAGGCGGCCGAGUGGGCCGAGCGCGCGCCCUUCGUGUGUGACGACGCCUUCGCCGCGAGCGCCGUGCGCCCCCUCGGCGCAGUGUGCCGCCCCCUGCCCUGGGCACACACGCGGCCUGCGCCCGGCGUGCUGCCGCUUGGCGAGCUCGUGGCGCAUGUGCUCGACGAGCGAGCCGCGCAGCAUGUACGGACGGCCAUCCCUGCGGCGGUGGCGCCGCCCGCCCGCCUGCAUGCGAACGACCGCGUGUUUGUGGAACGCGAGGCGCGCGCGCGGCACGACCCGGCGCUGGAGCACUGUCUCUUUGGCCUGCCGCCCCAGGCGAGGGAGGACCCCGCGCAGGUGGCGCAGCUGCAGGCGCGGCUGCCGACCGUCCCGCCGCAAGGACUCGUGGCGCGCUCGCCGGUGACGCAGCUUUGGCCGCCGGCGAUGCAGGUGCCGCGCAUGGACAAGCUCAUUGUCGACUCGAGCAAGCUGGCGCGCCUGGACGAGCUGCUGCGCGAGCUCAAGGCGGGUGGGCACCGUGUGCUGAUCUAUUUCCAAAUGACGCGCAUGAUCGACUUGAUGGAGGAAUACCUCAUCUACCGGCAAUACAAGUACCUGCGGCUGGAUGGUGCCUCGAAGAUCUCCGACCGCCGCGACAUGGUGACCGACUGGCAGACGCGCCCGGAGCUCUUUGUCUUUUUGCUGUCGACGCGCGCUGGUGGACUGGGUAUUAACCUGACGGCCGCCGACACGGUCAUCUUCUACGACCACGACUGGAACCCGUCGAACGACUCGCAGGCGAUGGACCGCGCGCACCGUCUGGGCCAAACCAAGCAGGUGCGCGUGUACCGCCUGAUCACCAAGGGCACGAUCGACGAGCGCAUCGUCAAGCUGGCGCGCAACAAGAAGGAGGUGCAGGACAUUGUGGUCGGCAACAAGGCCUACUCCGAGUCCGGCAUGGCCCGCCCCCAGGAGAUCGUGUCGCUGCUGCUCGACGACGACGAGCUCGCCGACUCGAUGCUCCGCCGCAAGCAGGCAGACGAGGCGCAGCUGGCGCAGGACAAAGCCGAGAACGCACGCGCGAUGCACGCGCGCCGCCGGCAGUCCAAGGCGCAGCAGCCGACAGGCGCGUCGGCGCCGGGCGUCGAGUGGGCGCUCGAGGACGACGAAGACGACUUCUUUGGCGCCAAGCCACCCCCCAAGGAAGAGCCCGAGGCGCCGGCGCCGGCGCGCAAGCGCGCGAAGCGCGCCCGCAAAGCCUCUGCAGAAGCCUCAUAG